CGACAGGAUUUACUGAAAGGUUGAGUAGUCACCGAAAGAAAAAUUAAAUGUUCAUCCAAAUAGCUGAAAUACACAUAUUCACCUGUGAACAGACAAAAUAAAGAGAGAUCAUGGAAAAAGAUGGCAUACAACUACGUCAUGUGCAAGUUAUAGAUCCAGAUAACCAAAUCAAAAAUGGACCGAGUGAAGGUUACAUGAAUAAUGCAUUUGAAGGAUCAGAGCAAAACCUUGACAAAAAACAAGUCUCUAAUACAGACAUUGAUGGUGAACACGAUGACGAAGAAUUUGAAGGCAACGCUUGCUCAAAUGCUGUGGGAUUCAUCCAGAAAAUCAUUACUGAUUUUUACAAGGAACAUAUAUUUAUCGUAUGGUAUACAAUAUAUUUGGUGCUAUUGGUAGCAUACUUUGGUUAUUUUAUAUGGUGUAUGUACCACCUCACCGUAAAAGAUAAAAUAACGGAGGAAGGAUCUAUCCGAUUGAUUGUCAUUACUAUAUUACUGGUGAUUGGUAUAUCACUAACAAUACUGUCUAAAUUUGUUAAGCUUGAUUUCACCAGCUUCGAACAGGAAUUUGAGACAUUAAUGGGACAAUAUGGCUUCAUAAUACACAUAUGUUUAAUAAUCGCCGCUAUUGGUGGAAACAUUGCUGUCAUUGUCGUAGAAGUUAUAUUGAAGGAAGUAGACAAUCUAAUAUCCCUCGUUGGAGUUUUUUGUUUUGUUGUUGUUUUCUACGUUACUUCACACAAUCCAGCUCGGGUGAACUGGCGUCCUGUUUUCUGGGGACUUGAAAUACAGUUUUACUUUGCAUUGGCAAUAAUCAAGUGGCCAGUUGGAAACGACAUAUUUCAGUGGUGCGGAGACCGUGUAACAGAGUUCCUUGCACAUACAGACGCCGGCGCUGGUUUUGUCUUUGGUGAAGAUACCUUUAGAAACCAUUUUUUUGCAAUGGCAGUGCUUCCAGUAAUUGUGUUUUUUAGUACUGCCAUUGCUAUUCUAUACUACUUGGGAGUUAUGCAAUUCAUCAUCAAGUACAUCGCACGUGCUCUCGCAUUUGCACUUGGAACAUCUCCAGCUGAAUCCUUAAAUGCUGCAGGAAACAUUUUUAUAGGUCAGAGUGAAGCUCCACUGAUGAUUAGACCAUUCUUGGCAAAGUUGACGAAUUCUGAAAUCCAUGCAAUUAUGACAGGCGGAUUUGCAACCAUAGCCGGAAGUGUCAUGGCUGCCUAUGUUUUAAUGGGGGUUCCUGCCAAACAUCUUUUAUCGGCAUCUGUAAUGUCCGCUCCUGCAGCAUUAGCCAUGGCUAAACUAUCUUACCCAGAAACUAAAGUGUCCAAGGCUCAUAAUAAAGAUGUAUAUAAAAUCGAAAGUGGGAAAGAAAGGAAUAUAGUGGAAGCUGCAUCGAAUGGAGCAUGUAUGUCGGUGAAACUUGUUGCCAAUAUUGCUGUAAAUCUCAUAGCCUUUAUAUCACUUCUUCAGUUUGUAAAUGCCACUUUAACGUGGUUUGGAGAGAGAGCAGGCUUAUAUCCACCAGAGCAUGAACUUCUUACUUUUCAGUUCAUUUGCUCCUAUGUAUUUUGGCCUAUGUCGUGGGUAAUGGGCGUCCACCAUACUGAUUGUCGUGUGCUUGGAGAACUAAUCGGAAUCAAAACUUUCAUCAACGAGUUCGUUGCUUACAAUGAACUAUCCAAAUACAUAGACAAUAGGGCCAACCUAACAUGGUAUAUGGGACUACCAGCUCUUAACAGCAGUUACACAGGAAACUAUACAUAUGUUGGUCGGGAUAUCCAUUAUCUGGAUUUCAAUCACACUCUCGUUGGAGGAAUCAUUCAGGAUAGGUCAAUGGUAAUUGCGACUUAUGCCUUAUGUGGGUUUUCAAAUGUCGGUUCUAUUGGCAUUAUGCUUGGAGCCCUAGGGGCCAUGGCACCUACUCGAAAGCAGGAUCUCACCAAAGUGGUGGUGAGAGCAAUGAUUUGUGGAAACGUAGCUUGCUUCCUUACAGCAUGCUUAGCAGGUUUAAUGUAUGAAUCAAGAUAAAGUGUAGGAGAGUGACAACGUUUAAUUAAAGACCGUGCAAUAACAUUUUAGCUAGCCAGUAAUGAGGGAAUUAUGAUGUUUAUAUCACUGAACUUCAUUUUACUUCAUGUUAUUCAAGUAUUCCUUAAAAGACGAUGAGACAGUCGAUUCAUAAUUUGUUUUUAUAUAUGUAUACUCAGAAAACAGAUGCAUUUAACAAAAAUUUAAAUGAAAAUUGAAUCUUUACCUUAUCUUUUAUUUGAUAUUGCAUUUAAUUUUUUUUUUAAAGGAAAAUCGAAUCUUUACCUUAUAUUUUACUUGAAAUUAAUAUAUUUUUAGCUUUUUAUAUCUUAUAUAUUUUUAUCACGUAUUAUAUAUCUUCAGUAUCAUUUAAUAUUUUGAAAUAUCGAUUUUUGCAUUUGCUUUUUUAUAUAUUUAAUUUACUUUCAAACUUGAUAUGUAUAAUUUUAUUGAAUUUUUUACUCUGUAAUUUUUGUCUCGCCUUGACGGAGUCAAAAAGCGAGACAUAGGUAUGCUGUUUCCGGCGUCGGAGUCGGCGGUGUCAACAAUGUAUUAGUUUGUGAUUAGGUCUUGUGUAUGGUGAACCACCAGUGGUAGGUCAAUAUUUGGUAUGCAGUUGUAUUAGCAUUGGCACAUCUCUUUACCAUGGAGAUUUUUUGCCCCCCCCCCCCCUCAGUCAGGGUCUAUUGACUUUGAAACUUUUGCUUAGUUUUCAUGUUUUAGUUUGUGAUUAUGUCAGUUUAAGGGGAACCGUUAGUGGUAGGUCAAUGAUAAUUGGUAUGCAGUUGUAUAAGCAUUUGUACAUCUCAUUUCUAUGGAGAAUAUUUGGUCCUUACCCCUUGUCAUGGUCUAUUGACUUUGAAACUUUUGCUUAGUUUACAUGUAUUAGUUUGUGAUUUAAUAGGUCAGUUUAAGAUGAACCACUAAUGUUAAGUCAAUGAUAUUUGGUAUGCAAAUGUAUUGGUAUUUGCAAGUUUCAUUUCCAUGGAGAUUAUAUAACCCCACCCCCUCAUUAUGGUUCAUUGACUUUGAAACUUUUACAUAGUUUACAAGUUAAUGUUUGUUUAAAAGGAACGACUUAUGAAAAGUCAAUGGUAUAUGGUAUGCAGUUGUAUUAGCAUUGGCACAUCUCAUUUCCGUGGAGAUUGUUUAGCCCUGUACCUUCAGUCAUGGUUCAUUGGCUUAGAAUAUUUGCAUAACUUAAUAGAAAAUGAAAGGAGAUGGGGUAUCCAUCCAUGACACAAAAUCAGUUCAUGCACAGCAAAAAACACACACAUGUUAAAGUAUUGCUAUUUUAAUUUCAACAUUUGCAUUUAUCAAAAUAACAAAUAGGCGAGACAUAUCUCUGUGUUAACAGUUUAUUAUAUAUGUUGACAUAUCAUUUAUGUGAAUGUUUUUGUACAUGUAUGUUAUUUAAACAAGACGUUCUGUACUAAAUUUAUCAGCAAAAGUAUCAAAAUUAUUUUAUAAUGCAUUUUCUAAUUUUUCGAAUUCAUUGUGUUGUAUGUUGCUUCAGCCAUCAUUUUACCAUUUAAGGACAUGAGGUAAAAAUUCACAAAUUAUACCAAGCUUAUAUACGUCCCGUUUUUGUCUUCAUUCAAUUGAAAAUAGUUUUAUUACUAUAAAAGUCUAUGUUACAAAUUAACGACAUAAUAUAUAGAAAUGUGUUCUACAUUUAUUAUUCAUUGUAUUGUAUUUUCACCCAAAACACACAUUAAUUUCAUUAUAUUGGGUUAAUUACAAUAUGACGUUUCAAGUUAAGGAAACGAGGUACUAGCGCCCAUUUUGUCUCCUUUAAUUCAUGAAAAUAGUUUUGCUACUUUAAAAAUCUAUGGUACAAGUUAAUGACAUAACAAAAAGAAAGUUUCAAAUAACUUGUUAAAAUUGAUUGCUGUACCUUGAAAAUAGACACUUAUUGGUUUUUGUGUUAACAGUAAAAAAUAAUAAAGAAGUAUUUUUUCUAUAUUCUCCAAAAAUCAAUUGAUUUGUAAGGCCUGUUUCGAUUUUAUCACAGUAAUAAGGAUUAUUUUGGAGGCAGUUAAUUAGUUUGAAGAGUCGGAUGAGUCUCAAACUGAAAAAAAUCCGAAGCUUUUGAAUGAAAGGCUACGUUUACACACCAUUUAUUUGUUUGUAAACGUGCCUUUAAUUCACAAGUAAAACUAAAUUUAUAACUAAAAAUUCCAAUGAAGUGCUCUAAAAUAAAAUAAUUUGAAAUUAAUGUUCACAUAGAAAACCUUGAAGAACUAUUCACCUGUGUAGUAAUUGAUCCUUGUAACAUACAAGUAUAUACAUAUACACGUAUAAAAAUUUACUUUCCAUGACACCCUCCAAUUAAAAAGAUCAAAGAUACUUUUUAGAAUUAUAUUUUCAUAUUUGAUGUCGGAGCAUUAAUUGGACUUUUUGCUGGUUGUCCUUUUUCUGGUAUUUUUUAAGCUCCGAUAUCAUAAAAGGGUUAUUGACAAAUGCAUAUGAUAACGUAACAUAUGGACGGACGGACAUGUGAUAAUAACCGGAAGAAGUUUGUAAUUGUUUUAUAUCAUCAAGUUUUGCACAUUGUUAUCAUUUUAUUUUAUUGUUAAUUUUAGAUUUGAUUUUACCAGUAUAAAUAAUAUGCAGUAAACCUAUAGUUUUGUCCACAAUAAUUUGCUUGAAAACUUAAUUUUUUUUAAUAAA